AUGAGGAUUGAAAGAAAGUUAGCGGUUGAAGAGGAAGUCACCAAGUUACUCGGCGUUCACUUCAUUCGGGAGGUGCAAUACACAACAUGGCUGGCGAAUGUGGUCAUGGUCAAAAACUCAAACAGAAAAUGGAGAAUGUGCACCGACUAUACUAGCCUUAACAAGGCGUGCCCGAAGGAUGCUUACCCAUUAUCGAAUAUCGACCGAUUGGUUGACGGGGCGUCGGGGCACAACGUCUUGACCUUUUUGGAUGCCUAUUCCGGAUACAAUCAAAUUCGGAUGCACCCCCGAGACGAGGAAAAAACCGCCUUUAUCACUGAUUCGGCCAACUAUUGUUAUCGAGUGAUGCCAUUCGGCUUGAAGAAUGCGGGGGCCACCUAUCAAAGGCUCAUGGACAAAAUCUUUCGACACCAGCUCGGUAAGAACAUGGAAGUAUAUGUAGACGACAUGGUUGUUAAGUCGGGUAACCUUGACAAACAUGUUGCCGACUUAGCAGAGGAGUUCCAACAGCUCCGGAAACAUGACAUGAGGCUUAACCCUGAAAAAUGCAUCUUCGGGAUAGUUGGUGGCAAAUUCUUGGGUUUUAUGCUUUUGGCGAGAGGCAUUGAAGCUAAUCUAGACAAAUGUCGGGAAAAACUCGGUACUCCAUCAGUCCUCUCCAAGCCCGAUCCCCAACUAGACUUGAUCGUAUACUUAUGUGUAUCGAAUGAAGCAAUCAGUGCAGUAUUGGUACAAGAAAGAGAGACACAGACACCUAUCUAUUUCAUCAACUGCCUACUCCAAGAAUCAGAAGGAAGAUAUCAGCUACUAGAAAAGGUUGCGCUUGGACUCGUCCACACAGCUCAGCAACUCCAACAAUAUUUCCAAAGCCACUGGGUUAUAGUGUGCACCGAUUGUCUGAUUGCCAAGGUUUUGAGGAAACCUGAGUUAGCGGGACGAAUGAUGGCUUGGUCAAUUAAGUUAUCAGAGUUUGACAUUACAUUUGAACCAAGGGGCCCGAUCAAAUCACAAUGCUUGGUCGAUUUCGUAAAUGAACUUCAGCCGAAAGGGCACUUUGAGAGCGAUCAGUGGGUGAUGCAUGUAGAUGGCUCCUCUAAUAAUCGAGGUAACGGGGCUGGAAUAAUUCUUGAAGGACCCACAGGUUUGGCACUCGAACAAUCUCUACACUUUGCUUUCAAGGCGUCAAACAACCAAGCCAAGUAUGAGGCGCUGUUAGUAGGUCUUAGAUUGGCACAAGAGGUCGGGGUCAAAAGAUUGAUUUAUUGGACAGACUCCUAG